GAGAUGACUCAGUCAACGAAAGUUGAUGGUAGUAGUGGUGGUGGUGAUGAUGACAAUGGAUUGUGGCAAAUAGCUUCAGAAGCAGGCGAAAAAUUCAGUGCACUCUAUUAUCGUGCUUUUGAUAAGUCGAAUAGACCUGAUUUACCUGGAUUUUUUAUGCAAAAUGUUAUUGUCCUAUGGAAUGGUAAUCGUGUUGAAGGUCAAGAAGCUGCUGUCGAAUUUUUCUCCAAACUACCAGAUAGUACGUCUACUUUACACUCAUUAUCUUGUCAACCAGUACACAAAAGUUUAACCGGUGAAAAAUUAUUGGUGCUAGUCAAUGUCUUCGGGACAAUUAAAUUUGAAAAACAUCCUACACGAAUGUUCUCGGAAACAUUUUUCUUAACACAAGAAACUAAUCUGUGGCGUGUACAGUCGGUAACAUUUCGAUUCAUUGACUGAAUGAACUUUUUUUAAAAAAAAGAAAUUUUUGUUUUUUAUUCUAUUUUGUAAAUAAUAAUAAUCAGAAGAAAAAACUUACCUCAAUAUUGCUUUAAUGAUAUUAUACAUAUGUAUAUGCAUAUAUCACUUAGGUACGGAUGAUAACCAAUGUAUUUUUGUAUACUACUCACCCAUCAAUUGCUCUCUUCCUCUCUUUAUAUAUAUGUAUGUAUAAUCAGUUUUGUAAUGUGCACCAAUUGAUGAUGUUUGACGCUUGAUAUAAUAAU